CUAACUGAAAACAGUGUGAAUUACUUUUCAUUAAUAUGGGGAUGCGUUAGAAAUUGCAUUGAAAUUUUAUUUAUUCUGUUAGUAUGGCUUUUACGAGCUAAGUUGUUGCAAACUAAACCCAUCCGUUUCAACGGCUGCAAUGGGCGAAAAGGUAUUGGCUUAUAACGAUGGGGAUGAGAAAAAUGCCGAAAAGUCGGGAAAAGAAAAGACGUUAAAAGUGAAAACUCAGGCAGUUCCUUAUUAUCGCUUGUUCUCAUUUUGUACCGCCUUAGACAAAUUGGGAAUAUUAAUAGCAGCGGUAUGUGCUAUUGUCUGUGGAAUAGCUCAACCAUAUAUGUUAAUAAUAUUUGGAGACAUAACAGGAUCCAUAGUUUCCUAUGUAUCGCAGUUGAACGAGACCCUGACUGAUGAAGAGAAAUACGUUUUGGAUGAAGCACUGUGGGUAGAUGUGAAAACUUUCGCCAUUAAUGCAACAGUCAUUGCAGUGGUUACUAUAAUUUGUACUUAUGUGUCUGCAGUCCUAUUCAGCUACAGUGCUAUAAACCAGAUAUUCAAAAUGCGGCAGAAGUUUUUAAUGAAAAUACUAAAUCAGGAUAUAGAGUGGUUCGAUAUGAAUCAAACUGGAGACUUCGCAACAUCUUUUACACAAAACAUUUCGAAAAUUGAAGACGGUAUAGGUGAAAAAAUCGGAAUAUUUCUUUACUUCGAAUCAACAUUUGUAUCUGGUAUAAUUAUGGCUUUGAUUAAAGGGUGGAAGUUGGCUUUGGUAUGUAUGGUAUCGUUGCCACUAUCGACUACUAUAAUGGGCGGUAUUGCUUGGAUAUCAAAUAAAUUUUCUCGUGAAGAACUUGAAUCUUACGGAGCCUCAGGGUCCAUAGCCGAGGAAGUUCUAAGUGCCAUAAGAACUGUUGUAGCAUUCGAUGGGCAAGAGAAGGAAAUAAGUCGAUAUAACAAACAUCUAGUUUCAGCCAAGAAGAAUAACAUCAAACGGGGUAUAUUCAACUCACUGAGUAAUGGUUGCUUAUGGUUCUUCGUAUACGGUUGUUACGCUUUAUCGUUCUGGUAUGGUGUAGGGCUUAUCAUUGAAGAGAGAAACUUACCCCCUCAGGAUAGAGUUUAUACUCCUGGAAAUAUGGUUUCUGUAUUUUUUGCUACUCUAGUAGCUACAUGGAACUUCGGAAUGGGUGCCCCAUUUCUAGAAGUAUUUGGUGCUGCAAGAGGAGCAGCCCAAAAAAUAUUUUUUGUAUUGGACAGCGAGCCGAAGAUUAACCAAUACAAGAAUUGUGGUAAGCAACCGGAUAGAUUUCGGUCCAAUAUUACGUUUGAUAACGUCUACUUCAAAUAUCCUGCUAGACCUGAUGUGAAGGUAUUACAGGGUUUCAAUCUAAAGAUUAACUAUGGUCAAACGGUUGCUUUAGUGGGUAGCUCUGGAUGUGGAAAAUCUACUUGCAUACAACUCCUUCAGCGAUUUUAUGAUGCAACCUCAGGGAGUAUCUUUAUCGACAAUAACAACAUAAAAGACAUAAAUUUAUUGUGGCUAAAAGAGAAAAUAGCCGUUGUGAGCCAAGAACCCGCCCUGUUCGCGACAACGAUUGCAGAGAACAUUAGAUAUGGCAAGUUGUCCGCCACUCAGAAGGAAAUAGAGGAAGCUGCAAAAAAAUCAAACGCACACAAAUUCAUUUUGAGCUUACCUCACGGUUAUGAAACGUUAAUAGGGGAGAGAGGGGCACAGCUGUCUGGGGGACAGAAGCAAAGAAUAGCCAUUGCUAGAGCUUUAAUUAAAAAACCGGAUAUAUUACUGCUGGACGAGGCAACUUCAGCUUUGGACACUACAAGUGAAGCGGAAGUACAAGCAGCAUUAGAUUCAAUUAGCGGCGAGUGUACAACAAUAAUCGUAGCACAUAGGCUGUCAACGAUUAGAAACGCAAACGUGAUAGUUGUUGUUUCGGAGGGCCGUGUUGUUGAAAAGGGCUCACAUGCUGAAUUAAUGGCAGCUCAAGGAGUUUACUAUAACCUGGUAUCCUCCCAAGGCAUCACCGAAACAUCCGAUCUUAAAGGAGAUAAAACACUGAAGAGUAGCUUAAGUUUUUCUAAUAAAUCUUUCAACGAUCCGGGAAAAGAAGAAGAAGGUCAAGAAGAAAUAGUGGAAGAAAGCAAAGAAAAUAAAGGUUCUCUUCUAAAGGUUAUGAAAAUGAAUAGUCCUGAAUGGUUUCCUAUCGUAAUAGGCUGUUGUGCAUCAAUAGUUACUGGGGCCUCUUUACCAAUUUACGGUAUCGUCUUUGGUGGCAUAGUUGGGGUCCUUGCUCAACAAGACGACGAACGGGUUCGAGCUGAAAGUAAUGCGUAUUGUCUCUAUUUCUUAUUGUUGGGAGUUGUUACAGGUUUGGCAAUGUUUUUCCAGAUGUUUUCGUUUUGCGUUGCUGGCGAGAAGUUGACGUUGAGAAUGAGGAAGAAAGCAUUCGAAUCUAUGCUUCGCCAAGAGAUGGGCUGGUAUGACAGGAAAGAGAAUGGGGUUGGCGCCUUAUGCGCUCAACUUGCUGGAGAUGCUUCAAGCGUACAGGGGGCCGCAGGGGUACAGAUUGGUUCUUGCCUAAACUUUAUAUCAACAUUUAUUUUAACAUGCACAUUUUCGUUGAUCUACGAAUGGAAGCUCUCACUUAUAUUGUUAUCAUUUUCCCCGCUUAUACUAUUUUCCAUUUAUUUCGAACAAAAAGCUUUACAAAACGAUGCCAAGAAAAGUCAAAAGAUCCUAGAUAAAUCCGCUAAGAUUGCAGUGGAGGCUAUUGCUAAUAUUCGUACUGUCGCAUCUUUGGGAUGUGAGGAUGUCUUUCAGAGGCUUUAUGUCGAUGAGCUCGUUCCUUACCAAAAAUCAGGAAAAAUUAAGUCACAUUUUAGGGGUGUUGUUCUAGGAAUGGCAAGAAGUCUUUUAUUAUUUGCCUAUGCCGCUGGGAUGGCAUAUGGUGCACAAUUGAUAGUUGAUGGAGUAGUAUAUUACGGGACUGUAUUUACGGUAUCUGAAGUGGUCAUUGUUGGAUCCUGGUCCAUAGGAAACGCAUUGUCGUUUUCUCCAAAUUUCCAGAAAGGACUGGUUGCCGCAGGAAGAAUAUUUGCAUUGUUAGAAAGGGUUCCUGCUGUUAGAAAUGUUACACAUCCCUUGAGAAAGAAAUGGGACAAUGAAAAUGUGGAAUAUUCCCAAGUCUACUUUUCUUACCCUACUAGGCCAUCUAUAUCAGUAUUAAAUAGUUUAAAUUUAUCCAUUAUGAAAGGAACAACUGUGGCUUUAGUGGGCUCGAGUGGCUGUGGAAAAUCAACAAUUAUUCAACUGCUGGAAAGAUUUUACGACCCCACAUACGGCGAAGUUAGUGUGGAUGACGAAGACGUAAAAGUAAUGGAUCUGAGGAUGUUAAGAUCUCAGUUAGGAAUAGUCUCUCAGGAGCCCAACCUAUUUGACAGGACAGUUGCUGAAAACAUUGCGUAUGGUGCGAAUGACAGGAAGGUGGAUAUGGAUGAGAUUAUAGAUGCUGCCAAGUCUGCCAACAUUCAUAACUUUAUAAGUUCUUUACCUAUGGGCUAUGAGACUAGACUAGGCACCAGAGGAACACAACUUUCAGGGGGUCAGAAACAAAGAAUUGCUAUCGCUAGGGCCCUUGUACGAAAUCCCAAAAUUUUAUUGUUGGACGAAGCCACUUCUGCUUUGGAUAAUGAAAGCGAAAAGAUUGUGCAAGAAGCUUUGGACAAUGCAAAGAUAGGUCGAACAUGUAUAACUAUAGCUCACAGACUCACUACUAUUCAGGAUGCUGAUGUUAUUUGCGUAUUAAAAGAAGGCUUCAUUGCUGAAAUGGGAAAGCAUACUGAAUUAUUGGAGAGGAGAGGAUUGUACUAUGAAUUUUAUAAACUACAGUCAGGACAGAAUUAGUACACCAAAAUCAGUAUUCAAGUCUCUAGUAAUUAUUAUUAAAUAUAUAAAUAUUACCGUCAUCUUUCUUGUAGGUGGCUAGUUUAAUUUUUAAUAUUAAGUAUUGUCCAAAUA